UUAUAUUGCGUUAUGUCAUUUUCUUUUAUUGUUCACCGCUUAGAGAAAAUUUCUGUUUGAGUCAGCAGUACAGAAACUUGCACGCCUGCGUAAAUGAGCACCCUUUUAGCUUUUCAGGUGCCACAAAACUCUAGCUUCGGCUUUGCAUCCUCCCAUCAGCUCCUCUCCCUCGGCUGCCCCCUUUGGGGCUGAGUCAGCAUAGCUCUCGGGAGGUUCUCUACAUCCAUCACCCCCCACCCACCGACCGACCGGUGGCGUUGCUGCUGCUGCUGCUGCUGCGUGGCUGGUGGGCAAUCGCAUCUUCCCACCCCCUUUCUCUUCUUUUCUCGCCUCCUUUGCUGUCUGUCCGUUCCGGGGGGCUGCGCAGCUCGUGCACCGCGAAGGAGACACCUUUGAGGCGGCGCAGAAGUAUGGAAGAAGAGGGUGUCGAGGCUGCUGCUGCAGGGCCAGGCAACCGAACCUGAAGAGAAAAGGCGGCUGGGCGGUCCCACUGCUGCCUGCAGCCGCGGAGCCGAAAAACGGGGGGGGGAGAAAGAGAGAAGUAAGGGGUGAUGCAGCUGCCGUCCAGGCUGCCUGUCUGCGUUGCCUCAUGAGGGGAGACUGUUCCCGGCGCACAUUGCAGGGUAGGGCCUGGUGCUAGUGUUGGAGGAGCGGAGCUGUGGGCGGGCAAUGCGUGAGGGGAACGCGGCUCCGGGUCGCUGAGCAACUCUGGCCUGGAGAAGAGGCUACUCAGCGUGGCAUCUCUUGGACGGAGAGAAAGGAGGCGGCGGUGUGGCUGCGCAGUGGCACAGCUGGGAAGUAGCUGGUGAGCGGCGGAGUAGGCGCCUCUUCGUCCUGGAAGAGCUCGGGCUCUUGGCCUUCUUCUGUGGGGGAGUGAAUGGCUUGCGCUUACCCCAGAGGGGCUUGCUUAUUUGACAAGCUAAGUAGCCCCGGGCACGUUUUCCGGAGAAUCUGUGUUGGCCACAGUGGUUCCAGAGGAAGUGACUGAGCAAUUUGCUUGUGGGUUUCCCUUGAGUACUGCUAGUGGAAGGACUUCUGUUAACAGCCUUCCGCAAAACUGGGCCCUCUGCCAUGGUGAAGGUCCGGCCGCCCCACCAGCAGUGUUCCUUUCCACUAGCAAAGAGAAGCCAGCAGAAGUUAUAUGGCUUGUAUCUGAGACAUCAUGCACCGCCGGUGGCUGCUGUUAGCUGCAUGCUUUUGGGUCGUAUUCAUGUUCAUGGUUGCUAGCAAGUUCAUCACACUGACCUUCAAAAAUCCUGAUGUGUAUGGUGCCAAGCAAGAGCCAUUAAUACUGACAGCUAUAACUGAAGUAGAAAAAAAUCAAGAGACAAAAGUGAAAAGGUUGCCUGGAGAGUGUCAGACAAUAGGUAGAGGUCUAUCUGAAGACUUUGUACAUCAGCCUCUGAUCCAUAUGGAAAGGCUUGAGCUGCUCAAGAAUGUGUGCCAAGAUGCGUCACUGAAAAACCUCACCCACACUACUGUUUCAAGAUUCGUUUUGGAUCGAAUAUUUGUAUGUGACAAGCACAAGAUCCUCUUCUGUCAAACUCCAAAAGUUGGCAAUACUCAGUGGAAGAAAGUCUUGAUUGUUUUAAAUGGAGCUUUUUCUUCCAUAGAGGAGAUCCCAGAGAACAUUGUGCAUGACCAUGAGAAGAAUGGUCUACCACGCUUAUCUUCAUUCAGUGACUCAGAAAUUCAAGAACGACUGAAAUUAUACUUCAAGUUCUUUAUCGUAAGAGAUCCAUUUGAGAGGCUUAUUUCUGCAUUUAAAGAUAAGUUUGUCCGCAAUCCUCGAUUUGAACCUUGGUAUAGACAUGAAAUUGCUCCAAGCAUCAUUCGUAAAUAUAGAAAGAAUCGCACUGAAACCAAGGGGCUUCAGUUUGAGGACUUUGUGCGCUACUUGGGUGAUCCAAAUCAUCAAUGGCUAGAUAUACAAUUUGGAGACCGCAUAAUUCAUUGGGUAACCUAUGUGGAACUUUGUGCCCCCUGUGAAAUAACAUACAGUGUAAUUGGACAUCAUGAAACUCUGGAAGAGGAUGCACCAUACAUCUUGAAGGAAGCUGGAAUAGACCAUUUGGUGUCUUAUCCUACUAUUCCACCUGGGAUAACACAAUACAACAAAACCAAGGUGGAGCAUUAUUUCUCAGGAGUUACCAAGAGAGACAUACGCCACCUUUAUGCCCGGUUUGAAGGAGAUUUUAAUCUUUUUGGCUACCAAGAGCCAGAUUUUCUACUAAACUGACACCUAGGAGCUGUGGAUGAAUGAGUCUAGUCGAUUAAACUAAAGUAUACAAAUAAUCUUCUGUAUAACUGAGAUGGUACUGUAUCUUUUGUAGGUUUCAGAAACUGUUCCUUGUAUCUCUUGAAGAAUUGCUAUAGGAACAGCUAGGGUCUGCAAAUUGCUAGCUACUGAAAAUAGUUUUAAUACAUGGCACUGCAAUAAGUUACAAGCAAAACUUAAUGAGAUAGAAAAUGUCAAACAUUUCUCUUUCCCUAAACCAAUAGAGGAUGGACCAAUAAUCUAUACAUGGACUUGAAAGUGAAUGCAUUCUAAAGAACAUUUGUUUUUUGGGGGGGGCAGCUUUCUCCAGGGUAAAUGGACUAAGGAAUUGUAUAUGAAACUUAGAGGUCAACAUGGGACCAAACAUUGGAGGGCAUUUUAUAGACAAGGAGAAGAUUUCCAGAUUCUGAUGUCAAUCUGAAGGAUUUUUCUCUUGGAUUAUUUUGCCAUACUCUUGUGAUAGCAGUGACUAACCAAGUCAAAUAGUUGUGCAUUUUUAACCUUUGCUUUCAAAUGAGAUAAAAAAUCUUCUGCAAGUGAAGCUGAGAUACCACUUUUAAAAAAAGCUGCUGGGGAAAUAAAAAAAAAGAUAUUUCUUGUAUCUGCUUGAGUGACUUAGACAGUUUUAUUACCAAGCCUACAUGUGAUGCUGACCACACAUUCCAUGUGAACAUGCAUGCAAGCACAUGUCACUGCGGAUGUGAGAUUUUUCAAGAUUUUGAGCCCAAAGUUACAGUGUGCCAUAGAGGAAUUGUCUUGCACUUCAGUUACAAACAGGAAAUAGCAAUAGAUCAGAGACCCACUUUACAUGAAACCAGAGAUUGCAUUUGGAUAAAAAAGAGAGCAAGAUCAGAGAAACACAAUAGAAGAGAGAGAAAUGGAAAGACUGAAGUGCUAAUAAUUGCCUAUUACAAAGCAGGGAAAAAGAGUAGAAGUGGAUUUCCUGUGAUCCACAGUGAGUCAAGAGCCAGGGGUUAUGGCUGGAUACCAAAGUUUUGGGGAUGAUAGACACCGUUUCUCAGAUAACGCCUCUUGUUAUCUGCCAACAAGCUGGAAAAAGGCUAUGAUGGGGAACAAAAGAUAGGCAAGCCUUCAUAGGUCACCCUGAGGCCCACAUGGUGCAGUGCUCAAACAGGCAAUCUGGGUUCUUGAACUCUCCCAAAAUGUUAAAAAGAAGAAAAAUGGCUAAAGGGGUGAGCACAAGGUUUUGUGUUCUCUGUAGGUUCCUGAGUAGAUGUGAAGAAAAUAACAAAAACAGGAGAGGCAAGGGUACAGGGUAGAAGAAAUGGGGAAGCCAGCUAGGGUUGGUGCAACCUGUUCUAACAAGUCCCAUGGAAUCCAAACCAGUUGAACAAUGUGGUCACUUGGGGACAAGAAUCUAAAGGUUCUGUUUCUAAAGGGGAGGUGUGAGCAAGAUUGCAAAUCUGGCUGAAGGAAGGAGAGGGUUCCAAAACAAAAGGCAUUUACCCCAAAUGAGAGGUAGGAUACAGUUUCCACAGUGCACUCAUGGGCAGGCUUAGAGGGCAAAGAUGAGUUCUGUGUGCAAAGUUGAAUGAGACUGGACUUUAUUAGGAAUGCUUAGUGUGAAACUACUGGUUGCAAAAAGGGUUCAAAAUGCAAAACUGAUACGAUGGGUCCCAAUCUUAAGAAAUGGAAAUGACUUUCAGUUAAUCUACCAGUACUUGUUGAAAAGGCACUUUUCUUCUCACUGGGCUAUUGAAUGCCCAAAUAGAGGUGCAUGACUGUGUGCAGAGUGAGGCAUUUGUAACUAUUAUAAAUCCUUCUCAUGAUGAUGAGAUUGAGCCUAACUCCUAUUAGAGAGGCUAGCUAGUGUACAGCUAGGUCUGCUUCCUCUGUAAUGCUUGCAAAAGCCCACAGUUUGCACAUUCUCUUGUUGAGUGAAGCUCCAGAGGAAUGCUCAGAUGACAGCAAGGCCGAGCACCUCAGUAAUGGUAUCUACUGUGCACUUUAGCAGACAUUGGUAAACUUGUGCAUUUUACCAUUGUUCUUAAUUUUUUUAUGGUGCUGGCUAUUCUAAUGAUCAAGCCAAGCCAUGAAACUAGAGUGUUGCCAUAAUAAAUUGAAUCACUAUUCCAUUCAAAUUUAGUAUCCUAUCUCUUGGGACCAAUUCUUAAUCUUCAAAAUACCCAUGCAUGCAAUGGGGCUGUGGUCUUCCAUUCAUAUAUCCACUGCACAUGCAACACUAACAUACAAGAUGUUUGUCUGAUUCUUAUGAUUCUUACAUUGCAAAAUGGGAUGGAAAGAUUGUGAGAAAUGGGUGCUGAUGUAUGUAUGUGUAUUUGUGCUGUACAGUAUUGAAUUAUGUACACAGAGGGACUGUCCAGUUGCAUGCAUGGUAUUUCCUGAACUGAGUGUGUAAAUUGGCCCUUUCAAGAGGCAGAAUCUGUUGCAUCAGAGGGGAGAACCCAAAUUCCUAAUCUUUCUUCAAAAUAUCCUCAGUUUUUUAUACUUGAGUUUUUCUCCACACUUCCAUGUGUUCAUCUACCAUGUGAAACCACCAGUGUAAAACUGGGAAGCUAACUAGAAAUACAAAGAGAUGUUGUGUUCGUGUAUAUACGUAUACUGAAGUUUGAUAGCAAAAUUUAAAUGUCCAGAACAACAACACUUCUAAUUCGUGCUUGUGUUGUCUUUGUUGGAUAAAAAGACAACUCUUUUCUUUACUUUUUAAAGUUCAUCAGCAAUAAACUCUCCUGUUAAUCAGCUUUGUUCCUCUUUGCUGCUAGGAGAAAGGAAUAACUGCAUUUUAGUUCUCAAAAGUAUCAGUGGGUCAAAAGUUGGUUUUGGCCAAUGCUUUUGACUUUUGAUGUAAAUGUUGGAAUCUUACUGUAGUAGUAUCUUAACUUGUUUGGCUAGGCGUAGUCAGAAUGCUGAGAACACUGAGAAGAGUUUAAUGUCUUCUCAAAUAUGUUUAUGUAAACUUGAAAAAUACAAAAGAAAAUCAGUGCCAAAACUGUUGCUUCCCAUGAAAAUGUAGUCUGUACGAGCUUGGGUGUAUUUCCAGAAGGAUUUUUUAAAGACUUUAGAGCCAUUCUAUAUAUGUCACACAGAUUGAGGUAAUAGAGUUCUACACUGUACCACCACUUCAGACUGCAGAUGGGGAGUGGAUAUAUUUUUCCUUGCUCCGUGUAUAAAUCUAAUAAUUCUCCCUGGAAUGUAGCCGAUGGUGAGGAAAUGGGAGGGAGGAAGAUUUAGUUUCACCUCUUCCUGUGGAUAGUUUUGUAUGGGCAGGAAGGUUUUAAGAUAACCCUCUUAUCUGCAGUCUGAAGUCAUACAGUCCAGAUUUCUACCACUUCACUUAGUGUAAAGCAAUGUGAUGCCCUCCAGAUGUUGUGGACUGAAACUCCCAUCAGCCCUAACCAUUGCUCAUGCCGGCUGGGAUUGAUGAGAGCGGUAGUGCACAACAUCUGGAGGAUACCACAUUGGCUCCCCCUGGUGUAAUGUGUUGAAUGGCUCCAUUUGUAAGAGAGAAUGAAGGGCUGUUUCUCACAUGGCAAUAUUUUUCACAGAUAUCUUGCCUGUGUAGGAAAACCAUGUGAACACUGUAUGUCUAUAUUGCCAUGUUUGUGUGCCACCUUGAGCUCCUUGGAGGAAAGGUGGGAUAUUGGUCUAAUAAUAAUUAUGUGUACAUAAACAUGCAGUUUUCCUACACAGAAGUAAUAUCCUUGUAGGGAAAUAAUUACAUGUGAAGUUGCCCUUAGUUACCAUUGACAAGAUAUAUGUCUAAGGUGGCAAAGCUUGAAGUGCUCUUGUCAAUUUUUUUGUUGGGGAUGGGGGCCCACUUAACAAUCUCUUUGGUAUAUUAGGUCCUAACUGAUGUUUAAAAGAUGUAACAGCUGAGUUAUUUUUAUAUGAAAUGUUGGAAAAGUAAAUUGCAAUUCAGGACUAAUGAGCUGAUCAAGUUACCUCUCUGCUGAAUUAAAAUGUAACAAUGUGAGAAAUGUAUAGCAUAAUAAGGCCUUACAGCUUAGUUCUAAUAAAAAAGUGAAGUAAAUUUUCCUUCCCUGCUCUAUGUGAUGUAAUUGCCCAGAAUAUUAUUGGUGUGUCCUUGUGUGUUAGGAACUCCAUGUAGUAGAUUUGUCGGAUGAGUGUAUUUUGGUUUGAGAAAUAAUU